AUGGUGGACGACGAGGAGCUGAAGAGGCUGCGGUUCAUUCUGAGCAAAAAGGUGGGGAGAAUAAAAUACUUUUUUUCGUACACAUUAUACAAAUUAUUCAGCCAUUUUUAUAACAAGAAAAAUAAAAAGCGAGAAAGGUUUGUAAAUAUACACGGAAGAACGAGCCCAAAAUUUUUUUGUGACAACAAAAUUAGGAGCACAAAGUACACAGUGCUCUCAUUUAUUCCUCUCUUUUUAUUUUACCAGUUCUCGGAUUUUUUGAAUUUAUUUUAUUUGUGUGUUUCUUUGCUACAAAUCAUUCCAAUAUUCAACACGGGUUAUGUGUUCACCUUUGUGGCUCCAUUAGUGUUCAUCCUCUUUGUAAGUUUAAUAAAUGAAGUGGUUGACGAUUUGAAGAGGUUUAUAAAGGAUCUUGAGAAUAACAACGAAAUUUAUUACACCCUUUUGGAAAACGGCAAUUUCGAAAAAAUAUACUCGAAGGAUAUAAAAGUAGGAGAUAUUAUUUUGAUAAAAUCCAAGCAGAGAGCUCCAGCGGACUGUAUUUUGUUACGUAAUUUAAGUAAAAAUGAAGAAUAUAAUUUUAAAGUAGAGAAGAAGAAAUUUUUCGGCAGCUUAAAAUGGAAUAAAAACACCAACGUGUACAACAAAAUUAACAAAAACUACUACCAUUUUAAUAAAAAUAUUGAUAACGAACUGAUUGAUGAUCGAUGUAACGAAUCAAAUAACAACUUGAGUGAAACGAGCAAUCAUCUUCUCUUUAGUGAAAAUGAAAAAUCACUAAAUGGAGGAAAAGAGAAAAAAUAUGUUUUAAAAGACAAGUCCGAGAAAAGUGGCCAUAAAAAUGAUAUGAACGAUUCAGGCGAAUUAGGUCAUUUUGAAAAGAAAAAAAAAAAGAAGAAGAAGAAGAAAAAGAAAUUAAAAAAUAAAUAUAUAAAAAACACAGACGCAGGUGAAUCGAACGAAACGGCCAAUUAUACAUACGUCAAAACGGACAAAAUUGAUGGAGAAACGGACUGGAAAAUUAAGUACCCAAUAAGUAUCUUCCAAAAUUUAAAAAAGUUGAAAGAUUUCUUCUCCAUAGACAUUUUGUUCAUCCUGGAACAGCCCAAAAAUGAUAUUUACAAAAUUGAGGGGUCUUUCGUUAUAUUCAAGUACAACCCGAAUGGUGAUUUCCAGAAGGAGGAGAACAACAACACGCUCGGAAUGAACGACCACCAGAUGAUGAAUUAUCCGUUCGACAUGAUCAAAGACGGAGAGAUUGACUUGGAGCACGGUGGUCGCGGCGGAUUGGCCAAGGGGGGCGAACCCGGCGCGCCGCCACAUGAAGAGGAGGACGACGAUGAUGACGAUGAUGAAGAUGACGAUGAAGAUGACGAGGAUGAUGAUGAGGAGGACGACGAUGAUGAUUAUGAAGAGGAGGACGAGAAGAAGGACCACGGAGAGAAUGAACGUCGAAAAGAACUCGAAUUGGAAAACGUUGCCAACGACCAAGAACAAGAAAUCCAUCAUAAGGGCUAUGUAAAUUUAGCGGAAAAUGACACAAACUACGUGUAUAGCACUAACAAGAAGGAAAAAAAGAAGAACCAAGAAGUGGUGAAGUUUACUGACGUGGAAAAGGGAGCAGCUGGAGCAGCAGGAUCAGGUGUUGCUAUGUCAGAUCGAAACAGAGGAGUCAUGGAAAACUAUAACUGCUCAAAAAAUAAUGGAACAAAUAAUGGAAAUUAUGUUAGCGAAACUAGCAUGUGUAGUGUAUUUAAUAAUGAAGAUAAUUUCAAUUUUUAUAAUGUCCAUUAUAGAAAAAAAUUAACAUACGACAAUUUUAUUUUGUUCAACUCUGUGAUUACGAGUUCGGAUGUGCUUUGUUUGGUGAUUUACACUGGAAGUGAUACCAGAGUGAAUAUGAGUACACAGAUUAGCAAAAUCAAAAGAGGAAUGAUAGACAAUAAAUUGAAUGUGAUAACGUUAUUUUUGUUUCUCAUUUUGGCGUUGUUUUCCAUGUACAUGUGUUCCGUAAAGUUGAAUAAUUUGUGGUACUUGAAUUUUGUUCGUUUCGUUUUGCUCUUCUCUUCGGUUAUCCCCAUAUCGUUAAGUGUCAAUUUAAAUAUCGCUAAAAUAUACUACACAUUGGUGAUUCAGAAGGACAAGGAAAUCGAAACGACGAUCAUAAAGAACAGUGCAAUUAUUGAAAACUUUGGUGAUGUCGAUUAUAUAUUCACAGACAAGACAGGAACACUAACAGAAAAUGUAAUGGUCCUCAAAGUUAUACAUAUAGGCUUGGACGUCAUUCAUGCGGAAAAUGAGAAGAAUAAUAUGUUACAGGGAAGUAUGGAAAAUAAAGGGAAAGGAAAUUUCAACAAACAUAUGCUAUCGUAUGACAUGGAUGGCUUAAACGAAGAUGUGGAUGCUUCUUCCAUGUACUUAGGAUCGAACUACUCUAAAAACGAUCGAAGGAAUAAACACAAUGGAAACAAAAGUGGAAAUUACAUGUCCUUUAAUUACGACAUGGAGAAUGGAAGAAAUAAAAAUGAACUUUCAACCUUGAGACAACUGGGCAAAACAGUGAACCCAAUGGAUCGCAUCAAUAUGUUACACGAUGAGGAAAACAUUGAUGAAGAAAAUUUGGACUAUGAUAAUUUUGAUUAUGGAAAUUUUAAUGAACAUUCCACAGGGUCCAAGUCAGGGUUUUCUCAAGGCAGCUAUCGAAAUGUAAAUAUGAAAUCGUUCAAGCAGAACAGCUUGGCUCUGAGUACGAAUGUGUCAGCGGGACCUUGGGGUCAGAGACGAAACGACAUGCAUAAGAAGAAUUCAGUGCACAUGGAGAAGAAGAAUAAAGUCGAGCAAAUGGUGGACGAAUUUUUAAAGUACAAGUCGGACCCUCUAGAUUAUUACAAUGACAAUGUGGAGGAUGUAGAGUUUUUAAAGAAGCACCGAGUGUUCCAGACCUUUUUGUCCUUCCUCAUAUGUAACAAUAUUAGGACUCUGGCCAAGGAGAGCAGCAACACGGGUGGUGCUGGUGCAGCAAGUGCAAGCGGAGGUGCUAGCGGUAGUGGAAAUGGCAAUGCAAACGGUGCAGGUACUAAGGAAAAGGACAAGGCAAAGAAGAAAAAAGAUCAAAAGGAAUCAGACACUCAGAAAAAUUUUUAUUAUAUAUUAAAAGUGAAUCGAAAGAAUAAAAAGGAAAAUAAAACGAAGAAAGAAAAGCAUAUGGAUAGUACCAGUACAGCUUUUUCUUAUGACAAGAAAAAUGUCGAAUCUAACAGCUCCGAAGAUUCUGAAACUUUCUCCCACUCGGAUGUCAGUUAUCAAUGUUCCUCUCCAGACGAGUUGGCCUUCCUCAAAUAUGCUACCAACUGUGGGUUCAUUUUGAAGAAGAAAACUGCUAGCAGGAUAGAAAUAAACUAUAAAAAUCUUGUCAUGGAGUACGACAUUUUGCUACACAUUCCAUUCUCUUCGGAGACCAAGCGAAUGAGUGUUUUCGUGCGCAACGUGAAGAACAGGAACAUUUAUUUCUUUAUUAAAGGGGCGGAUAAUAUAUUAAUAAAGAAGUGUCAUGAGAAGUAUAAAACAUUCAUUUAUGAGGAGAGUGACCACCUGUCGAACUUGGGUCUGCGUGUCCUUGUGCAUGGCUUUUUAAACAUAGAGGAGCAGUUCUUCCAUACCUUCUCCAAUUUAUACAACAAGAAUAAGGACGUCAAGGGGCAGCUCGAGAAUAUUUUGGACUACGUCGAGAAAAACAUUAAAGUUCUGGCCAUAACGGGUGUGGAGGACAAGUUGCAGGAGGGUGUCGGAAAGACCAUCGAGAUGUUGUACAACAGUGGCAUCAAGGUGUGGGUGCUGACAGGAGACAAAAUCGAAACAGCCAUUUGCAUUUGCAAGAAUGCUAACAUUAAAAAGAAGAAGCAUAACAUAUACAUUUUCAGGCACGAAAAUAUUAAGAGUACAUCAAACCUUAUACGAGACUUUAACUCCAUCUUAAGCAAUAUCGAUUCGUAUGUCCUCUUCUUUGAUAAUAUUAUAAUUCAGAACUGCAUCAAGUACAUUCCUAAUGCCUUCGUCGAUUUCGCGGCGAACGCAAGGGCAGUGGUCUGCUGCAGGUGCAGUCCCAUUGAGAAGAAAGAAAUAGCGGUCCUGAUCAAAACCAUUAAGAGGAAGAAAAUUUUGUGUAUCGGGGAUGGAGGAAAUGACGUAGCAAUGAUCCAGUCAGCGGAUAUUGGAAUUGGUGUCUUGGGAAAAGAAGGAAAACAAGUUGUGAACGACAGUGAUAUAAUUGUUUCGAAAUUUAAAAAUAUAAAGAAGCUCAUUUUGUAUUAUGGAAACAACACGUUUUUGCAGACCUCAUCCCUCUGCUCUUUCCUCAUUCACAGAGGAUUCGUGCUCACCUACCUGCAAUUUAUUUACAGCUACAUUUUUUUCAGCAUACCGGUGUCGAUCUUUCAGGGAUGGUUGCAAAUUGGCUACACCACAUAUUACACGACGGCGCCAUUCCUGUCGCUGCUGUUGGACGUGAAGAUAAAAAAAAAUUUGAUAUACCUCUACCCCGAGAUAUACAAAAAUAAGAAGCACAAGCGGAAGCUCGAUUUGAAGUCCUUCUUCAUCAUCUUGUGGAUCUCCAUUUUUCAGGGAACCGUCGUCAUGCUUGGGGCACUGAAGCUGUUCAACGACAAUUACAAUAACCUCAUUAACAUAUCCUUUUCGUCUCUCAUCCUGUUGGAGAUAAUGAACAUUCACUUGGAGGUCGAGUCAUGGCACCCGCUGAUGAUAUCAGCCAACAUAUGCUCCUUCAUCGUGUACAUCUUUUCGAUGUUCAUUUUGAGGAAUUAUUUUGAUAUCAUGCAAAUUAUGUCCGUUAUGUUUUGGUACAAGGUUAUUUUGAUCGUGUUGUUUGCCUGGCUGCCGUUCUUCAUAAUUAAAAAGGUAAAGAAUAUUUUAACGCCCUCCCAGUUUUUCAAGCUCGCGUGA